AGCAUGUGCAAAUGCUGCUGCUGUUUUAAGCAUUAAAAAAUUACGAUGCCACAGCAAGCGAAUGUCAGUAAACCGAAUGAAUCCACAAUAAAAGUGCCAUUUGAUACGCCAGAGCAUGCCAAGAUAGCAUAUCGCGUGUUGAGUGUGGAUCAGGAGCCACGCAGAAACUUUGUUCAAAAAACGCUGAGCCUGGAGGACGAUGUGCUAGUGGUGCACUUUAGUGCCGAUCAAGUGAAAAAUCUUCGCACCGCCAUAACGUCGUUCUUUGAGUGCCUGCUACUCUGCCAGGAUACCAUCAAAUUGUUUGGCGCAGAUCAAACCGAAACGCAACUAAAGAACAAUGCCGGAACACAGUCCAGCGCCCACACCGCAUAGAGCUAUUUACGGUUUUGCAUUUU